GAAUGGGUUCAAUGCCUUCUCACUUAUCGAAAUGGCAACGCCUUCAUUGAACAGAAGUUUCGAUGCUUCAUUGUUUGACUUGCAACGAUCCUUCUCUUCUACGGAUACCAACACGACUGGAUCUUCAGCGAAGGAGAAUCGUCCAGACUCUGAGACGCAAGCACCAGAUGUGAAGAAUGUGACGACUGCAAAGCUUUAUGAGCAAUGGUCGACCACGUACGAUACGGAUGGCAAUGUGCUGCAAGCUGUUGACGAUAUCCAAAGUCGAGAGUCGAUACCGGCGAUCAUUCGAAGUGUACAAAGCAGUGCGCAAGAACGCUCCGAUCCAUUGUGCGUUCUGGACUUCGGCUGUGGCACUGGACGCACGACACAGAAGCUUCUCCAUAGUCCGGACUGGCAUCAAGCAGUAGAAAUCCACGGCUGGGAUGGUAGUGCACAUAUGCUGGAUAGUGCCCGGUCGAAAUGUGCAUCAACACCCAGGCCUGAUGCAAGCUCUACCAAACACAUUCGAUCAAUCAACUUCCUCGCAGUGGACUUGUCGAACAUCGGCAGUCUUCCCGCAGAACAGCUAGGGAAGGUCGAUCUCCUCGUGUCAACGCUGGUCCUCGAGCACAUGUCAUUGGACGAGUUCUGGGCGCACAUAGCUGUCCUCCUCCGACCAGGCGGCAUUGGUCUGAUGUCGAAUAUGCAUGCCGACAUGGGAUCUGGAAGUGUUGCGGGAUUUGUAGAACAAGAGUCUGGAAAGCGAUUGAUUGGCAAGAGUUACUUAUAUAGUGCGGAGCAGACUGCUGAUGGGGCGCGCAAGGCUGGACUGGAGAUUUGGGAUGUGAAAGAGGUGGCUGCCGAUGAAGGUAUGAUUGAACGUGGUGAGAUAGGAGAGCGAGGAGGGAAGUGGGUAGGGAGGAAAAUGUGGUAUGGGAUGAAAUUUAGAAAGCCUUUGUGAAAGCCCAG